GAGAAACCUGAUGCCAGCCCCACAUCUCUACAGCUGCGAUCCCAGAUUGAGGAGUCACUUGGUCUUAGCAGCACCGCGUCAACACCCGACACUGAAAGAAAGCUCUCCAUUCAUAAAUCAAGUUCGGAAGAAGGUUGUGUAGGGAAAGCAGACUGGAAAAAGAAGAAUAAGUUUUUUUGGCAGAAUUUCCGAAAGAACCAGAAAGGACUAAUGAGGCAGACUUCAAAAGGAGAGGAUGUAGGGUACGUGGCCAGUGAGAUCACAAUGAGUGAUGAGGAGAGGAUCCAGCUGAUGAUGAUGGUCAAAGAGAAGAUGAUCACCAUUGAGGAAGCACUUGCUAGGCUGAAAGAGUAUGAAGCCCAGCACAGACAGUCAAGCACUGUAGAUGCUACAGAAUGGCCUGACGGUUCUUACUCAGCAUUUGAUGGAUCUUCCAAUUGUAAUUCAAGAGAACAAUCUGAUGAUGAAACAGAGGAGUCGGUGAAGUUUAAGAGGUUGCACAAGCUGGUGAAUUCUACUCGCAGAGUCAGGAAGAAACUCAUAAGAGUGGAAGAAAUGAAAAAACCCAGCACAGAAGGUGUGGAAGAGCACUCACUUGACAACUCUCCUAUAUUGGAUGACAGAUCAGCACUUUACUCUGGAGUUCACAAGAAGCAAUUCUACUUUGACGGCUCCUGCGAAAAGCAGCCAGAGGAUGACUUGGACUCACUUACUACUUCUCCCUCAUCCAGCAGUCUUGAUACCUGGGGAGCUAACCGGAAACUGGUGAAGACCUUCAGCAAAACUGAUAGCCGUGGCCUUAUCAAGCCUCCCAAGAAACUCGGGACAUUUUUCUCUUACCCAGAAGAGGAGAAGACCCAGAAAGUUUGCCGCUCCUUGACAGAUGGGGAAAUGAAGAAGAGCCUCGGCUUGCUGAGCCAUGGGAGAACCUGUAGCUUUGGAGGAUUUGACUUGACAAAUCGUUCCCUUCAUAUUGGAAACAGCUCCGACCAAAUGGGCAAAGAAGGAGACUUUGUUUAUAAAGAAGUGAUCAAAUCACCCUCUGCCUCCCGUAUAUCUCUGGGCAAAAAGGUGAAGUCUGUAAAAGAAACCAUGAAGAAAAGGAUGUCUAAAAAAUAUAGCAGCUCUCUGUCUGAGCAGGAGUCCAGCCCUGGGGUCAUGCCAGGUUCUCCGCAGUCGCCGCUGCCAGACACUGACUCCCUGGACAAACCCAAGCUGAAAGCCGGUGGCUCAGUAGAGAGCCUGAGGAGUUCCUUAAGCGGUCAGAGUUCAAUGAGUGGUCAGACAGUGAGCACAACAGAUUCCUCAACCAGCAACAGGGAGAGCGUGAAAUCAGAAGAUGGUGAUGAUGAAGAGCCUCCUUACAGAGGACCUUUUUGUGGAAGAGCCAGGGUUCACACUGAUUUUACUCCGAGUCCUUAUGAUACAGACUCUCUGAAGCUCAAGAAAGGUGACAUCAUUGAUAUAAUCAGCAAACCCCCCAUGGGCACUUGGAUGGGCCUGCUAAAAAAAACUUUCAAAUUUAUCUAUGUGGACGUGUUAAAUGAAGAGGAAGAGAAGCCGAAGCGGCCCACCAGGAGACGCCGGAAAAGCAGACCACCCCAGCCCAAGUCAGUUGAGGAUCUCUUGGAUCGCAUCAACUUAAAGGAGCACAUGCCCACUUUUCUGUUCAAUGGUUAUGAAGAUCUGGAUACCUUUAAGCUUUUAGAAGAGGAAGAUUUGGAUGAACUGAACAUCCGAGAUCCUGAGCACAGAGCCGUCCUCCUCACAGCAGUGGAACUUCUACAGGAGUAUGAUAGUAACAGCGACCAGUCAGGAUCUCAGGAGAAACUUCUCAUUGAAGGCCAAGGCCUAACCGGAUGCUCUCCUCGGGAUUCUGGCUGCUAUGAAAGCAGUGAAAACCUGGAGAAUGGUAAAACUCGAAAGACCUGUCUUCUGCCCUCAAAAUCAGCAAGUGAGCAUAACUUUAAGGAAUUCAGCAGAAACCAGCUAUCAAAUUAUCCUACACUUCCACUGACCAAGUCAAUAGAAACUCUACAGCAAGGAGAAAAAGCAAGCCGGUUGAGUUGUGCGCAUCGUGCUCUGAAGAGCUCUGUCAAACCUCCAGCUGUUACGGGUCUGAAGAAGAACCGUAGAAGCUUACCGGUUGCCGUCUGUCAGAGCUAUGAAACUCUGGAUGGCCCGCAGGGUGUAGAUACAUGGCCAAGAUCUCACUCUCUGGAUGAUCUCCAGGGAGAAUGCAAUACUAAUCUACAGGAUGCUAGCAAGGAAUUAGGUUCUUUUCCUCAGGAUUCACUGGAUAUAGCAAAAAAGGCAACUGGCUUUGCCCGGCCGCCCCUGUCUCAUGGAGGCAGCUGUAUGGUAGAUGACUUGAUGGGCAUGCAGGGUAAAGGAGUUGCUAGUUCUCAGAAGGGAAGAGCUAAGGAAUUGGAUGGCUCUGUAAUGGAGUCUGCAGGUGGAAAGCCUGCUCUGUUCCCCCUGAAAAACUGUGAAGCUCAGCCUGCCUUAGCGAUGCAUCUUGCAACAAGGACGCCUCUGGAAACACAAAGUAAAGGCUUUCAUGACCUUGCACGGGCUGAUUAUGCUCCAGUCCUCAAGGGAGGUCUAGAAGCUGAGCAAAAAGGCACAAAUGAGGCAAGAAUGCAACCAAAAAAUCCUUCUCAGCCACCGCCUGUCCCUGCCAAAAAAUGCCGAGAACGCCUUUCUAAUGGAUUAUAUCAUCCUCCUGUGACCCCAAGUGGAAACAACUCAAGCCUAGAACCACCAUGUUUGCCAGUAAAAAAGAGCAGCUCAUCCACGCCCAUUGAUUGUCAUGGAGUACCUGUCCGUAGGACAUCUUCUGAACAGGAGCCCAGUAGCCCUCCUAGCCCACUGCCACCCUGGCUGUCGGAGCUCCCAGAGACUGCUAGUGUUCAGCAGCAUGUGAUAAAGCUAGGUCCUGCUUCAGGGAGGAAGUUCUCUUGUAGCAGGGGAAUGGAUCUGGAAAUGGUAAUAGAAAACAAGUUGCAGUCUGAAGACAUUGAUCUUACUGAAGAACCGUACUCUGACAAGCACGGUCGCUGUGGCAUUCCUGAGGCUUUGGUACAGAGGUAUUCUGAAGACUUAGACCAGCCUGAAAAGGAUGUUGCCACAAACAUGGACCAAAUCCGGGUAAAGCAGCUGAGGAAGCAGCAUCGCAUGGCAAUUCCAAGUGGAGGGCUUACUGAAAUUUGCCGAAAACCUUUAUCCCCAGGACUUAUCACCUCAGUAUCUGACUGGCUGAUUUCCAUUGGCCUACCUAUGUAUUCCAGCCUGCUCACAGAAGCAGGAUUCAACACACUGAGCAAAGUGCCUUCUCUGUCACAAACUUGCCUUCAAGAAGCUGGCAUCACAGAGGAAAGGCACAUAAGCAAGCUCCUGGCAGCAGCAAGACUCUUCAAACCUCUUGAUCCAGAGGCAAUUUAA